AUGCUUUGCAUGCUUCGAGAAGCAGAUUCCAUGACCCCACCAAUGUCUUGCAUAGCUGGGACCCUACUCUUGUCAAUCCUUGCACUUGGUUUCAUGUCACCUGCGACUCCAACAACCAUGGACUUGGGCAACUCAAAUAUUUCUGGAUUUUUGGGUCCGGAGCUUGGUGAACUUAAGCACCUACAGUACCUGGAACUUUAUAGGAAUAACAUAGGAGGGAAAAUCCCAGAGGAGUUGGGUAAUUUGAAAAACCUCAUAAGCAUGGACUUGUAUAACAACAGACUUGAGGGAAGAAUCCCAAAGUCCUUUGCCAAAUUAAAGUCUCUCAGAUUUCUACGGCUAAAUGACAACAAGCAAACAGGGUCGAUUCCGAGGGAACUUACUGCUCUGUCCAACCUCAAAGUCUUUGAUGUUUCUAACAAUGACCUUUGUGGAACAAUUCCAGUCGAUGGCCCUUUCGGGAGUUUUCCCAUGGAAAGUUUUAAGAACAACAGACUUAACGGAGCCGAGCUGAAAGGGCUGGUAUCCUAUGACUUCGGAUGCUGA